AUGCUGCCUCUCAGGACUCUCGCCAGCAUGUCCUGGAUGCUGCUCUCCUGCCUGAUGCUCCUUUCUCAGGUGCAAGGUGAAGACUCCCAGAAGAAAGUGCCCUCCGCACGCAUUAGUUGUCCCAAAGGUGCCCAGGCUUAUGGCUCCUACUGUUAUGCCUUGCUUCGGAUACCACAGUCCUGGUUCAAUGCAGAAAUAGCCUGCCAGAAGAGACCUUCAGGGCAUCUCGUGUCUGUGCUUAGCGGUGCAGAAGCUUCCUUCCUGUCCUCCAUGCUGAAGAGCACUGGAAACAGCUGCUCAUAUAUCUGGAUUGGGCUCCAUGACCCCACCCUGGGUGAAGAACCCAAUGGAGGCGGAUGGGAGUGGAGUAACAAUGAUGUCAUGAAUUACUAUAACUGGGAGAGGAACCCAUCCACUGCCUUAGACCGUGGUUUCUGUGGCAGUUUGUCAAGAACUUCUGGAUUUCUGCAGUGGAGAGAUAAUACAUGUAAUGUGAAGUUGCCCUAUGUCUGCAAAUUCACGGGUUAGGUUUAUCCAAAAACAAACAGCCUAACUUUGUCCUGAAGCUCAUUAUGGACAAGGGACCAAUGUGACGUUUUAUCCAGGAGGAGUAUGUUCUACCCACAGACCACAUCAAAGCCCUCACUUACUCUUUCCAGAUCUUUCCUUAGUCACUUUUGUAUAGGUUGUGACCUCAUGUCUCGGAAAGCAAUAAUAAACCUUCAGUCACACUUUGAGUUUUUAUGUUCCACUAAAAAUAUUAUCAUUGUCUGUAUGUGGCUAUAGGUGUGUGAAUGUCACAGAGUGUCUGUGGAGAUCAGAGGGUGGUGACAUUUGAGAAUGUCUCAGUUCUUACCUUUGGUCUGUUGAAACAGGGUCUCUUUUGUUUCUGCUAUACAGUAUACUAACAAGUGUCAGAGAAAUUGUUUUGGAUCCUCUGU